AUGAUUUCGAGGAAGCCUGUCGCGAAAGAGCCGCCAAAUCGACUGAUAAUGGUUCAAAGUAACGAAAAAACGUUGGAAACAACUGGUCAGCCGUUUGGAAAAUCAAAAAUCGUCGGGCUUUUUCGUUGGGGACAGUAAAAUUUAUUUUUUGGUUGUAAAUAGUCGAAAAAAAUGACAGAAAAAUGAGGUUACCUUGAGAUUAACACUAAUUGGAUCACUGAUAAUUAAAUCAAUGAAGGCUAGAAAUUUCUAAUUUGAUGAUUAAUUAGAGAAAAUAUUAUGAUUAAAAGUUUCUAAUGAGAAAAAAACGAUAAAAAAAUUAAAAAUUUUUUUCUAAUUGCUAGUACACUAAAAAAAUGGAGUUUUGGGAUCUGUUCAAAAAAAUUAUCGGUAAAAAAAAUUUUUUUGUCAGAAAAAGUCAAAAUAAGUCGAAAUUUAGGCCACGAAAACCCGAUUUUUCGCAAAAAAAUUAGAAAAAAAAUUUUUUUGAUUAUUCCAAAAAAACUUGAAAAGAAAAUGAUCAAAAAAGGUAAAAAGCUGGAAAAAAGCCAAAUUGAGACCCAAAAAUCAAAUGAAAUCUAAAAAAAACGGACAAGUAGAAAAUUAGCGAAAAUCUUGAUUGCCCCUAAAAUUCAAACUUAUCAAAAUCUUCAAAAAGCUGAAUAUUUAGGCAAAAAGGACCAUAAAUUAUAUUAGGACAAGUAAUACGAAGAUCAAAAAAAUAGAUAAAUUUCGAAAAAAAAAGCUUCAAAAAAACCGAGAAAAAAAGUCGCCUCGUUUCAAAGGCUGAAAACCUGAAAAGGUGAAGGAAAACUGGUCGGAGAAGCCGAAAAUCGAUAAUACCAAAAGAAAAAGGUUAAAAAUAAAUUGAAAAUAAACAAAUAAGACGCGUGAAAAUCCGACAUACGGCCGGUGUGUGGUCCGGUCCGGAAAAAGUUGAGUAAGGGAGAGAGAGAGAGAGAAGGCAGAGAAACAAAGAGAUAGGAAGGUGGAGGGAGAGAGAGGAGACAGCCGGCUGGACGGUCAGAGAAGGGGGUGAGAGAUUGAGAGGGACGGAGAGUGGGGGUCGCGACGCGACGUCGCGGCCGCUUCUGCGACGACCACGACGACGGCGACGUCGACGACUGACGGCUCUUCUGGAGGGAGAGGAGCUUCUCUUAAGAGAGAGGCGAUCAAUUCCGAGGAGCCACCACUCUGCGCGCGUGAUCCCUCGUCGGGGCGCCUCGACGUCUGCCGCCACUGCCAUCGCCGCUGGCGGCGGCGGCUCUCCUCCUCAGGCUCGUGCCUAUUGCGGCUCGAGCCUGAGGAGGAGAGUGCUCCAAGGCGCCGUGCUCAGCGGCCGCCAAAUGGAUUAG